AUGGACACGAUGGAUGCGUCCCUCAAGCUGGACGUGACACUCCUGGACAACAGUCUCGUCAAACCAAGACCACUUCACCCCGAACCGACGUCACUGUCGAAGCCACAAUCAAGUCGGCGACUCCCUCCUGACGUCCGACGAGCUCGCCAUCGGGAUCGAAUGCAGCGCCAACGUCUCUCGGAGAAGAAAAGUAUCGAGCUCAAGCGUCUUGAGGUCGACAGUCUGUCACAAGAGUUGACCCGUGUGACGAAGUCGCUGUUUAAAGAGCUUCCGGGGGACACGUGUUCACUUGAAGACCUUGAGUCGACGUCCUGUUGUUUCAAAAACGAGGACCACAAGCUAGAACUUGAGAGUGAGGAGCUCUGGAACAUGGAUCCGAGUGUAGCUGCUCGAGUGGUGCAGCACCGAUAUGUGCAUCUCGUGCUGCAACAAGGGACGAUCGCGAAGGAGAAUCGACGAUUGACCGAACGCUUUCGUGAAUGGCAGCGAUUUAUGAAACUCAUAGCAGUUGAGGAAGAGCGAUUACAGCCGACGGAAGCCAUAGCUCUCAAGGACAAGCUGGAGCAAGAACGUGAACAAGUUGUCGCAGGACAAUGGCUGACGUUUAUCCACGGAGAGCCAGUUCUGUUUUACCAGCCGAUUUCAAGGAACGCGUGCCACGAACUCAUGUAUACGGGGUACCAACGAAUGCAGGAAUUAUCAUGGGGACCGGGUGCCAGGGAUCUCUAUAAUGAAGCUUUUGGCUGGAAAGUGUGCUUUUCCAUGUAUCAGGACCACAGUGAGGUGGGCGAUGGUGUGCGAAAGGCACAGAUGCAACAUCGAUUUUUCAAGAAAAUUAGUGCCAUUGACGCUAAUGGAGAACGCGUUAACGGUGACACGUUGGCGCAAGUGACGUGGAAAAUCAUCAAUGAAAACGCCGUCAUGAGCAUGCGCUUUGUGUGUUUGGUUGCGGAAGUGCACGACUGCGUCAUUAUCGACAGCUCUGAUGCGAUCGACACGACCUUAGAAGGCAAUGCUCGACGUCGCGUGACGAUCAUGAGCUCGCUCUUUGAUCCGAACAAAGUGUUUCCUUACAUCGACACCCACGUACCUGAUGCGACAUUUGAGUGGAUGCGGGACGGCCUAAGCUACCUAUCGUUCACUGAAUAUAACGAUGAGGAAAUGAUAGAGAUCGAGUAUGGUGGAUUGAUGCACGUGUGUCGCGAGACAGCGUCUUGCACAGGUUUGCCUUUUGCUGCUAUGAACAUAGGGGAGGCACUUGUACGCUGGGAACAAUUCGUCACUCCUAUGCGCACGUUGUUACUGUCUGAUAAAUAA